AUUUGAACUUAAAUUGUUACAUUGCAUGCUAAGUGUUCUCAUUUUAGUGAAGAGAUGAUUAGGAAAGUCUAUAAAUAAUUUAAACUAUGUCAGUUGAGAAUUGUUGCAUGUGUGAGGCAACAUAGUUUUGGCUAUUGGAAUAUGAGGGUAGAUCCUCAACCACUAAUGUUGAACUGAACAUCAAGUUUGUUGUGGGACACUCUUAAUAUUUUAGAGUUGAUGAAAGCUCAGGGAAAAUAAAUAUAAUUUUGAUUUAUUUUAGUAGCUGUAUGGUUUUUGACUAUUGUUAUUGCUUAAUGGUAAUCAUUUCUAAGGUAAUCGCACAUUUUACCCUCUGCAUCUCAAAUAAAUUCCUUAUAAUUAUUGUUGUUCUCUAUCUUCUCCUUAACAGGUGCACUUGACUGAGAGAGAAAGGCAGAAACUGCAGGUGUGGUCUCGAAUUAUGCCUUACAGAGAGUCCUUUGCCUGGGUUAUUGUUCCUUUAUUUGAUAAUGGCAUUGGUGGAGCUUCUGGUGGAUCUGCUUCUCCUAGUAGCCGUCUUGCUGCCAGCAUGUCUGGGUCUAGUUCCCAUGAGGGUGUCCUUGAGUCUGUUGCAAAGAUUAAAUUAGAUGGGAAGAUGGGUUAUUCGAGCGGAAGCUCUAUUGUUGUUGAAAUAGCUAACUUGCAUAAAGUGAAAGAAAGCUAUCCUGAGGAGUCACUUCAGGUAUGUUCAUGCAGUCAUCCUGUGCCAAUGCCAAUAGGAGAAGAUGAGGACAAGGUAGAGGGUAGGGGAGGCUAUGGAAAAUGGGCUUUUUGGGAGCUAAUGACCCUCAAUGACUGUUUGUUUGGCAGAGCUUAUUCUUCAACUUGCUUAUAAGCACUUUUUUCUCUCACAAGUCUAAAGAAGUAUUGGAGGGAAACUCUACUUUUUAGCAUUUGAAAUGCGUAUAAGAAAGUAUUGAAGAAAGUAAGUGAGGUGCU